ACAGCUCGCCUAAUCACCACCAUUAUAACGCUCGUUUCACUCGCUUCGAUCUUCCUACACCAUCCAACCCACUUAAUCAAACCCAAAAUGCGUUCUCAAAUCUUCGCUGGUCUUGCCCUUGCCGCCGUGGUUGCAGCAGCCCCAUUGGAAUGCCGUGCAUCUGACGAGCCAAUUACCAUCGACAAUGCUUCGUUCGUCCGUGAAGAUAGCAACAGCAACGACAACUGGGAUACCAUCACUUUCCUUGGCUUCGACCUGACCACCCCAUCUGGCACUGUCAGCUGUUCUGCAAACAGCUUCCCGAAUCCAUCUGUCCCGUCCAACGUGUACGCAUGUGCCAAUGCCGCAUACUCGUUCCAGAUCAGCAGCCGCCCCGGCUACGAUCUCUACGCCAUCACUGUCACCCACAAGGUCUCCGACAGCGUCACUUUGACCGGUACCGCCAACGUCGGCUGCAACGGCCCUAUCCCCAAGUCCUGCUCCCAGACGCGUACCGGAAAGGCCACGCUUACUGCCGCUUAAGCGCCAGGUAUGGUCAUCUUGAGAAGGGAAUCGGGCCUCGGGCAGCGGUAUACCUACCUCCUUAAAAACUUAUCAUCAUGGUAAUAUCAUAGAACGUAAAUGAAAAUCUUGUCGGUUCCUUACAUUUGAGUUCACACUGUUGAAGAUUGGUGGAAUUGUUCGCGAUGUUGCUGCACCGCCUGGAUCGUCCUGUGCCACCCCCAUAAUGUUGGACCAAUCUGGUUAGCUGUUAAUGAUAGAGCUUUGGACCUUGCC